UUCUAAUCUUUUUAAAAAUAGACCUAGUUUUCAAAACUUUCUGUUACAUAUAGUAAACAUCAUUAACAAACAUUGUAUUGUGACUUCAUGUAGAAGUGGGAAAAAGAAGUAGUAAAGUCAAAUCCCAAAAUUUCAUUUCUAAUUUCUCCAUUAUAUUUUAAGAGUAGUCAUGUUUUAAUAAUGGAGUUCAACAAUUUACCGCACAUUUAUAAAAUAUAUAUUAUAUUCAGGUAUUUUGUUUUAUGGCAUUCAGAGACAAAGACAACACAGGUCCAGCCAUUCUGUAAUUUAUAAUUUAAUUGGAGAUCUAACACAUCCACAAAAAACAUGAAUUUCUCAUAAGCAAUGGAAAAAGUCAGUUUAAAAACUGACAAUGUUAUUAAUUACUUGAAGUAUGUGGAAUUUUAGUACUUUAAAUGAAAUUAAUUACAUCUGUCCCUUUUCAUGUAUCUCUGUUUCAGUCAAAUAUUUCCUGAAUAUAUCUUCAUCUUUUUCUCCCUCACUGCUUUUCCUUACACUGUUUCUGGUGUUUGGAAUAUCUUCCUUGGCCUCUUUUUUGCCUCUUAAAAUUCUAGCUGUGGUUGAAGGCCCGAAUGGAACAAUACCCCUAUAUAAAGCUUUCGUUGAUCUUUUUAAUUGUUAUAGCUUAUUGUAAUUCUCUAAUACAUUUCACAGAUUGUUCUUGCUCUCAUAUUUAUAUAAUAAACACUGCUUAAGUGCCUGCAAGGACCAGGCAGUGUAUAAUUUCAGGGAUAUAAAUAUUUUUUAAAAAAAAGAAAGAAAGAAAAAGUCUCUGCCCUCAAGGAGCUACAGUCUAAUGGAGGAAGAUAACAUACAAUAUAAAAGAAAACCAAGAAUUUGGAAGUUUGGAGAAACUACCUAGUGCUGAGACAUGGUGGAAAAGUCUGAGAAGUCCCAAAAAGUGUAGAAAAGUGAGAAAUGACAUGUCUGUGCUGAGUCCCCUAUUUAAAUAGAGGCUUUGAAUUUCAAGGCACUUCCUCCAGUGAGAGAGUAUCUUCCUUCCUAAAUUAUUUCUUGAGGAUAAGAACUCUGUAUUCUAUUAUUUUUCUCUACUAUUUGAAUUUAUUGAACAAUUGAAACACUCAUCAGCAUAUAUGCUGCUGUAAAUCAAUAUUUCUGAAAAGUUUUCUAUAAAUAAAAUGUCUAAAAGAGAUGAUUAGAAAAAUUAAUUCUUUGCAUUACUUGAUUGUUAGAUCCGUCAGCAUCUGGCAGUUGUAGUAUGGUCAAUGGGCUUGCAUUGUUUCUGCUAGCAAUAGAUUAAAGAAAAUCUUUAGAAGACAUUGUAUAUUUCAUUCUUAUUAAUUAUAGGAAGAAUCAACAGACUCAGAAGAGGAAGAAAAGGAAGAUGGUGUAUUAGUUGACAAUGAUACUGGAAAACAAACACUUCAUGAAACUUCAAGUAUUCCCAACGAACACAGUACAUCAGCAAGAAGUGUUGUUAGAAAAGAUAUGAUGUCAGCAUUAGGAUUGGAAGAGGAAGAUGAUGCAGAAUCACCUUGGGAUUCAGAGUGUACCUCUGAAAGUCUUCCAAAAGGAUCUUCCCGGCAUAUGCUUGCAGCCACAAAUCAAACCAUAAAAGACAGUAUUUCAAUGGAACAACUUGAAGAUGUACCUUAUAUACCUUCUUUCCUGAAUGAAUCAAGAAACUUUAAGAUGGAUAAACUAACGGAUACAAGAAGUAUAGAUCAUCCUCAGAGAAAUCCUAUUUUCAAGCCCAUUCAAUCCACUCUUGACAUGAAAGAUUCUUUCACAAACCAAGAAGUAGAAAAGGGAGUUAAGGAAAAACAAAAGUCAGAUUUCAUGGAAGAAUUUGGUUUAGAUGAUGCAGAUGACAUUGAUGAUGCUUCUGAUUGGGAUUCUACCAGCAUUUCUCAGAAAAAUGAGAGUUACAGAAAUUCCAAGGAUUUGAAUUUUAAUGGGAAUUAUCCUUGCAAAUCACUGCCUCUAACCAAAAAUUGGUCAGGAUUCACAGAGUUUGGAAAAAUACCUUUAAAAGAAGAUGAGGCAACAGAAGGUGCGGCUGAAGCUGAAAGUGGGCCUGCAACUGGAUUUAGGGUUGCAACUUUAGUAGAAAAUGCAGUCCUUCAGAAGCAGUGUGAAUCACCUUUAGAGAAAGAGCAUGAUAAAGAAGAUUUAACACGAGAAUUGGAAUUUAAAGGAUCAUCAGAGGGAAACCAAGAAAGUUUUGAUAAAAGUGACCAAGAACAGGAUAAAGUUACUUUAGAAACAGCCAACAUACCAGAACAAACUGCAUUUAACAAACAAGUUAAGCCACUUGAUUUACCAGUUUUGUAUCUGAAAAGAAUGCCUCAAGGACCAGAAUGCAAUAAGAAAGCUCAUGGUGAUGAUGUACAUUUAGAGGCAGAUCCAAAUUGGGAAGAAAAAUAUGAAAAAAUGUGGGUGGCAGAAGAGAAAAUGGAAGUCAAAAAGAAUUUUAAAGUCAUUACAACUGAGUUAAAGCAGAUGUUUGGUGAAAUUUAUGAAAAAGACAAAAUUGCUGAUCAGCCAACAGAGAAACUACAAGAAAAGGUACUACCAGUCUUUGAAGAGGAAUUAAAACAAUUACAGGAAGUAUCCCCUACUUUGACAAAUAACUCAAGUGAUUUUGAGGAAAAAAAGAAAUAUAGAGGCCCUCUCAAUGUAGGAGUUCAGUCAUUUCCUAGACAAAGGGAAUACAGUAUGGAAAGUGCUACUUUACAGAAUUUAAAACUCAUUUUCGACAAAAAUGUUCUUCAGUCAUCUUGUAAUCUAUGCUCAAAAAGUAGCAACUUACAUCUUAAGAAUGAUAAUAAGCCAGAAAUUGAAUGUACCUGUGAUGUAAAUGAAGAGGGUGUUGCUUAUGAAGCAGAAAAUAUAAAAAGAGCUGACUCAAAAAUAACUAUAAAUGAAAUGAAGGAAGAUGAAGCAUUUGGUAUGCAAAUAGCAGGAAGUCUGAACAAACAUGCCACAAAUUUGGAACUAGAUUCAGGACGUUUGCUACAGUCAAAUGGUCUAGGAAGCCAAUUUGCUGUCCACCUUACUUGCUCUGAUGAAAUGAAAUCAGUCAUGCAAGAAAAAAAACCUAAACUUAUUACUGCAACAAAAUUUAAUGAGAAAACAAAACUAAAUGAAACCUUAUUCCAGAAUAGUGAUCAUAAUGCCAAUAAUGCUACAAACAAGCUAAGACAUUGGAGACACUCCCUUCCAUAUAGUGACAAAAUAUCAAAUAUGCAACUGGAUAAAGAAUUAAAGGAAGAUGUGCAAAGAUUUAAAAAUAAGUUAGGAAUAUUGCAAGUAGAGUUCCUGACUUUGGAGAAAGAAAAAAUACAACUACAAAAAGAGGUUGAAGAGGAAAAGAAAAAGCAUCAACACAAUGAAAUGGGAACAUUGGAGGACAAAAAUGGUGAUAAAUUAAGUGAAAAUAUAAUGGCUGACAAAGUUAAUGAGCUAUUUUCUAUGGAGAGCAAUCAACUUAAUAAAGAUGAGGAAAACAAAAUCCCUAGGGAAGAAAUUCCAAUAAUGAGCAUUUCCAAGGAAAUUUCAGCACCUGUCCACCAUCUUUUAAAGAACAAUGAUUUUGCCAUGCAUAGGAAAAAGGUUAAAAAACCUCAGAAUAAUAAGUGGAUUCCCAAGGAUCCUGGUAUGACUUUAUCUUCUGAAAAAGUGAAUUCCUCAUCUGGUAUCUUACUCCAUAGUUGUGAUGACAGCAGUUUAAGUGAAACAGAUAAUUAUGAAUUAAGCCCUGCAAAGAAAACAUUGAAUGAAAAGAAUAAGGACAAAGUACAGGUUGAUGCAGAUGAUCUUGAUGAUCUCACUCAGUCAUCUGACACAGCUACAGAGGAUUAUGAUUUGCCUCCCUCAAACUAUAAGAAUAUUAUGUUACUGAUUGAACAGCUUAGUGUUGAUUGCAAAGAUUCUAUUCACCUUCUGAAAAUUCAGGAUGCAGUUCUUAAAUAUGAACGAUCAGUAGAACUUAAAAAAGCACGAUGUACACAACUCACAAGAAAAGUUAAGAGUUUGGAAAACAAGAUUACUGGACUACAGGAAGAAUUAUCAGAAACAAGAAAAAUGAAAUCCCAAUUAGAGCAUCAAAAAGUAGAAUGGGAUAGAGAACUCUAUAGACUCAGGUUUACACUAAGACAAGAGAAAGAAAAGCAAUUGAGUACAGAAAUGCUAUUUGAAAAAACUAGGGAACAACUAAGAAGAAAAGAAGAACAAUAUAGUAAAGAAGUGGAGCUAAAACAACAACUUGAAUUCACACUUAGAACUCUGGACUUAGAACUGAGAACAGUAAAAAAUAAUUUUAAACAGGUUGAAGAAGAGCGAAAUGAUGCUCAAAGACAACUUUCUCGAGAGCAGAGCGCCAGAGUUUUGCAAGACGGAAUUCUGAAUAAUUAUCUAUGGAAGCAAAAGGAAAUUGAAGCAGCUUCUUCCAAAAUGAUUCAGAGUUCUGAGGUUCCUGAUAGUCAUGAAAAAGAAAAAUGUCUGCUACAUGAAAAUCAAUCCCUACAGGAUGAAGUUGCGAAACUCAAACUGGAACUAGACUCAGUAAAAAUUAAAGAUCAGGAAAAAGAAGAUCGAUAUACUGAAGAAAAUGAAGUUUUAAAAGAAAAGAAUGAUGAGCUUCAAAAAGAAUUAAAACUGAAAGAAGAAGCAUUAAGAGAAACAAUAUUCCAGUAUAGUGGACAAGUAAAUGUUCUGACAACUGAGAAUACAAUGCUGAGCUCUAAACUAGAUAAUGAAAAACAAAAUAGAGACAAACUAGAGACAGAAGUUGAAUCAUACCGUUCCCGUCUAAAUUCUGCUAUUCUUGAUCAUGAACGAAGUCAGACAUCAAAACUAGAUCUUGAAAAUAUCUUUCAGCGAGAACGAGAUGAGUGGCUUCAUUUACAGGACAAACUAAGAGAUAACAAUGGUGUCCUUUCUCAAGAGCUUUCUAAGGCUGAAAGUAAAGCUAAUAGAUUAGAAAAUGAGCUGUAUCAAGUACGUGAUUCUCUCAGAGAAAAGACACUAAUUUUAGAAAGCACACAGAGAGAAUUAAAUCAGACCCAAAAUAAAGCAAAGGAACUUGAAAAUAAAAAUCAAAUGGAUAAAGAAAAGCUGGACAGAUAUAUUGUCAAACAAGAAUCCAUCCAAGAAAGAUUAGCCCAAAUCCAAAGUGAAAAUAUGUUGCUUCGACAACAACUUGAAGAUGCUCAAAACAAAGGUGUCAUUAAAGAAAAGGUAGUAAAUGAUGUCCAGGUACAGUUUAGUGAUCUCUUCAACAAACUCCGUGCUGAUACUGAAAAACAAGUUCUUUUGGUAGAAGAGAGAAAUAAAGAGUUAAUCAAUGAAUGUAACCAUUUAAGAGAGCAAAUGUGUAAAUAUGAAAAUGAGAAAGCAGAAAGAGAGGGUACAGUAAGAAAGCUUCAACAAGAACUUGCUGAUUCCCUGAAAAAACAAUCCAUGACUGAAGCUUCACUAGAAGUUACAUCACGUUAUCGAAAUGAUUUAGAAGAUAAGAAAAAGCAACUCCAGAAGGAAGUAGAUCAAAUCAAAAGUAAACUGCAAGAAUCUCAAGAACGGCACAUACAAUCGCAACGAUCUACUAAUGAGUUGGAAGAUCAUAUACAAAAGCUUGAAAUUGAAAAUGCCAGGCUAGAAGCUACAGUAAAACAGCAACUGAGCAAAAUUGAGAACAUUCAGAAAAAUAUUUUGGAUUCUACUUCACUUGAUACUGAAAGGGAAAAAUUAAAGAAACUAAUUGAAUUAAAGCAAUCCCUGGAAAAUCGUCUAGAACAAGAAAUGAAGAGAAAUGAUGAAUUACAGAAAGACGUCAGUGGAUUUAAAAAAUUGUUGAAAACAGCAAAAAAGAAAUUGAGAGAAUAUGAAAAAGGAGAGGUUAUUUCCCAAGAAGUACUGAAGCAAACACAUUUUGAUGAGGAUAGACAAAUUAAUAGGUUGAAAAAUAAGAAUGAAGACCUUACACAACAAUUGGAAGCAACAUCUUCAAAAUAUAUACAAUUGGAAUCAAUAAAUAGAAGUCUUCGAGAAGAAUUACUUUCUAUGAAAAGCUUGCAAAAGAAAUGUGACAGACUGGAAAGGAAUAAACGAGAAUUGGAAGAAGAAGUAGUUGAUCUUAAGCAUCAUUUAGAAAUUACUAAACUAGAACAUGGUCAAGUAGAACAAUAUAAACGAGAGAUUGAAGAACGUGCAAACCAAGAGAUUGUAGAAAAACUAAAAGAAGUCAACCUAUUCUUACAGACACAAGCAGCAACCCAAGAUUACUUAGAACAAUCAAGAGAAAAUAACAAUGCUUCAAUAAGAAACCAAAUGGAGAAUCGAAUUCGAGAUUUGGAAGCUGAACUCUCCAGAAUGAAAAACUCACAUCAAGACUCUACUAAGGCAGAACUAGAAAUAUAUAGACAGCUUUAUUCUGAAGAAUUAAAAAUCAGAGAAUCAUUGUCAAACAAAUUAGACAGAACUAAUGAGAGGCUAGCUGAAUUGAGUUCCAGGCUACUAAAUGAAAAACAAAAGAGUAGAAUUUUAAUCAACAGUUUUACUACAAGUCCAGUUCUGGAGCCCCCUCAUGUUGGGGAUCUUCAUACUACUAUGGUCCUCAAUAGGCGUCUCAUUCCAAGAGGAAAUUUAUUAUAUUCUACUGGAAACACAGUAUCUUCAACAAACAGUAUGGAGGCCUACUUGACAAAGAUGCGGCAGGAGUUGGACAAAAGUAUAAGUAGGGAACUUGAUGAAGCUAAUGCUGAAUUUGAUUCAAGAUCUUGUUGGGCUUUUCCAGUAGGAUCUACCGAUGAGUCCACAAGAAUUCCAAAUCUGAAUCAGGAUCCAGUUUCCAGGGCAACUCAGGAAUACUUAGAAGUUUUAAAAAAAAAUUACAUGCUUUAAAAAAAGGAAGAAAUAAUGUACAUUUGUGAAAUGAGCUAUGUUUACAUAAUAUUUAAUGGGUUUCCACUAAAUAUAUAAAUGAGAAAAAAUCUAAUGUAUUAGAAAAUGUAUCAUAAGUUUUAAUAUGUACUAUUUGAAUAUAUAUGUAUAUAUAAAUAUAUUUGUAUAGUUAUUAAAAAUGUAUUCAUAUUUAUAACAUUAUCCCCUAAAUUGUUUGUUGUUGACACUCUAGAAACCACUAAAUUGUGUAACACUCUAAUUAUCUUUCUCUAAAAGUUGUAUUGUGUUUUCUAUUAAAUAUGUAAGAUUAAGCAUUUAGGAAAUUUAGAUAUAAUUAUUUUGAUAAAUUGCUGCUAUUUCUACUAUCAGUAUUUGAAUUUUAAUAUAACUGUAACAGUGCCAUAAACUUUAUAUGUAGCACUUCAACUUAUUGUAAGUUACAGUGAACUUAAACUAUUUUGUUUUUAAACUUUAGUUAAAUGAAUCAAAUACAUCAUUUCUCCUGCAAGUUUUAUGAUAAUACUUUUCUUUAUGAAGUCUCUACUCUAGUAAACCUAUAUUAAUUCAAAUCCUAAUUUUCUGAUCUUUUUUUCUUAAAAAUAUGCAGAGUUGGACAUAUCAUUACUUAAAAAUCAAAUCUGGUUGCUGUUUAUUUUUGUACCAAGAAAAGAAUGGGUUUUUUUUACAUUUUUAAAAUAAAAUUUUACUAUAUUUAUUAAAAAGCAUUCUUAACUCUAUAGUCUAAUACAGUGGUCCUCAAACUUUUGUUCUCAAUAUCUUUAUCCUAUUAAAAAUGAUUGAGGAUCUGUUCAGAGUUUUUUUGUGGUUUAUAAUUAUAGAUAUUGAUCACAUUAAUAAUAAAAACUAAUUAUGAAUUUGUAGACUCUGAAAGGAUUUCAGAGAUUCCCAGGAUGCUCUGGACCAGACUUUGAAAACCACUGCCCUAACAGAACCAAGCAUGAUUGGUAUUUAGCCAGCUUAAUGUAGUUUGCCAACUCUUAAGUUAAAUCAUCCAUGGAGGAAAUUUCCACAUUGGGAGUUUCCUACAGUGAUAAUAUUAUGGGUCAGGGCUUAUGAAGAUGAUGUCCAUGUAGAUACACACAUACCUUCGCAAGUGCACACAUAUACAUAUACAGACAUAUCCCGUAUAUGCCAGACUUUCACUUCAUCUCAGAUAAUCAUUCAGCAAACAUUUAUUGCUUACCAAUUGUGUGAGAGAGACUAGAUGAAUAAGAUAUGUUCUUCUUGUCCUCAAAGGUCAAAUACUCUUAUAGGGGAAAAAAGAUCAUACACAUCUGGUCAUAAGAAAGAAUAUAAAGUAUAAUUAGAAAGUACAAAGCAGUAUGGGCAGAAUGAAUUCAAAGAAUUAUACAAAGGGAACAAAUUCAGUAGAACUGAAGACCUGGAAAAGAGAUCAUGUAUAUAUGAAGCUGGAAAGGCCUUUAAAGUUCAUCCAAUCCAGAAGUUCUUAAAGACCUAUUUGAAAAUCUGGUAAAACCUGUGGACUAAUCAGAAUAACAUUUUUUAGUGAAUUAAAUGCAAAGGAAAUGAAAAGUUAAUAUAUGAAUAUAGAAACAUAAUUCUUUUCCCAUCAAAAUUCAUACAACUCCCCCCAAAAAAAUCUAUCCAGAGACCACUUGGGGGUCUAUGGAUCCCAGGUUAGGGACCCUGAUCUAAUUCAGAACUCUUAUUUUACUUAUAAGGAACUGAGGCCCAGAAUUACACCCAAGGCUUCUUGCCAUUGUUCAGUCAUUUUAAUUAUGUCCAAUUCUUGGUGACAUAUGGAUUUUCUAGGCAAAAAUGCUGGAGUAGUUUGCCAUAUCCUUUAUUCUCAGUUCAUUUUUCCAGGAGGAAACUAAGGCAAAAAAGAUGAAGUGACUUGCCUAGAGUAAUACAGCCAGCAAGUGUCUUGAGGCCAGUUUUGACCUCAGGCAUUCCUGACAACAGACCCAGUGAGUUGCCCACUGCAUCACAAGUUUACACAGGUAGUAAGUAUCAGAACUGGGAUUCAAAAUUAAGUUCUCUGACUCCAAGUUCCAUCCUCUCCUUUUAUUUAUUAUAAAUAUCAAUAUUUCCACAUAUGUAUAAAAACAAAAUGAUGUAUAGUCAAUUGAAUCUUUAUUACAUAAUUUUUUUAAUAAAUACUUUUUUUCUUUGUA